UGUACUGCACUUUGCUGUAACCAAAGGUACGCUAGAAAUGGUAAAAUAUCUUGUUGAAAAUGGCGCUGGUGUAAAUAGAAAGAAUACUGAUGGGAGGACAGUGUUGCACUAUGCUGUCACGAAAGGAACGCUGGAAGUAGUAAAAUAUCUCGUUGAAAAGGGCGCUGAUGUAAAAGCAAAGAAGACUAACGGCUGCACAGUGCUGCACGAUGCUGUCACAGAAGGAACGCUGGAAAUGGUAAAGUUUCUUGUUGAAAAGGGUGCUGAUGUAAAUGGAAAGAAGACUAACGGCUGGACUGUGCUUCACGAUGCUGUCACGGAAGGAACACUGGGAAUGGUAAAGUAUCUUGUUGAAAAGGGCGCUGAUGUAAAUGGCAAGGAAAUUAACGGCUGGACAGUGCUGUUCGCUGCUGUUACUGCUACUACUGAAGGCACUCCAGAAACGGUAAAAUAUCUUGUUAAAAUGGGCGCUAAUGUAAAUGGUAAAGAUGAUCACGGGCGUACAGUGCUGCACUAUGCUUUUACCGAAGAUACGAUUGAAAUUGUAAAAUAUCUUGUGGAGAUGGGCGCUAAUGUAAAUGGUAAAGAUGCUGAUGGACGUACAAUCUUGCACAUUGCUGCCCAUACUGGUGCAUUGGAAAUUGUCAUGUAUUUAGUUCAACAUGGUGCUGACAUAACUCUUGAAAGUGAAAUCGACGUUCAUACUCUUGGGAUUGACAUCCUAAAGAUGGCGGUUAAGAGAAAUUCGGUUGCUUUGAUAAAUCUUCUGUUGGAGAAGAACAUCGCUCCGUGGAGAGCUGGAACAUGGCUUGUUGAUGGAAAGCGAAUGAGUCUUUCUGAAUGGAGUUCAGAUGUUGAGAACAACGAAUUGCAACCAGUUAGAAAAGGUAAUGUUUCAAAUAUGUAUGAUUGUUUGAAGACGCUG